CAUCCGGCGCAGCCUCUGGUGCUUGCGCUCUGUGCAGGGGUGCCCGGUGACGUCCGGUGGAGUCCAAGAUGGCGCCGCUAGGUUGACCCUAGUCUCGAUAACGGAAGUGUCUCCUCUCCUCGCCUGAAGCCCCUUGGGGGAUCCUGCGUCGCUCCUUGCUGCCCGAAGCAAUGUCUGGGCCGGGCAACAAACGUGCUGCGGGCGAUGGGGGCUCCGGGCCCCCAGAGAAAAAGCUGAACCGCGAGGAGAAGACCACAACCACUCUUAUCGAGCCCAUUCGACUUGGAGGCAUUUCUUCCACGGAGGAGAUGGACUUGAAGGUACUGCAGUUCAAGAAUAAGAAGCUAGCAGAGCGAUUGGAACAGCGACAGGCUUGUGAAGAUGAACUCCGAGAACGAAUUGAAAAAUUGGAGAAGCGGCAGGCCACAGAUGAUGCCACACUCCUCAUUGUCAAUCGCUACUGGGCCCAGCUAGAUGAAACUGUGGAAGCUCUUCUCCGAUGCCAUGAGAGCCAACGAGAUCUCUCUGCAAGGACCGAGGCAUCUGGGACCCAGGAGGGGCCAACACGUGAUAUGACCCCUCUCACGGAGCCAGGGACGUCAGAGCUGAGGGAACCCCUACCAAUGCAGCUGCGACCCCCUCUCAGUGAGCCAGCCUUGGCUUUUGUAGUAGCACUGGGUGCCAGCAGCAGUGAGGAAGUGGAGCUGCAGCUGCAGGGCCGGAUGGAAUUCUCCAAGGCAGCCGUGUCCCGCUUGGUAGAGGCAUCAGACUGCCUACAGCGCCGGGUGGAGGAACUCUGUCAGCGAGUGUACAGCCGAGGGGACGGUGAACCUCCCAGUGAGGUGGCUCAGGCACGCACAAGAGAGCUGGGCCGGGAGAACCGGCGACUGCAGGAUUUGGCCACUCAGCUACAGGAGAAGCACCACCGCAUCUCACUGGAGUACUCUGAGCUCCAGGAUAAAGUGACAUCAGCUGAAACGAAGGUGCUAGAGAUGGAGACAACGGUGGAGGACCUGCAGUGGGACAUUGAGAAGCUGCGCAAACGAGAGCAAAAACUCAAUAAGCACCUGGCAGAGGCCUUGGAGCAGCUGAACUCUGGGUACUAUGUGUCUGGGAGCUCCUCAGGCUUCCAAGGGGGCCAGAUCACACUCAGCAUGCAGAAGUUUGAGAUGUUGAAUGCAGAGUUGGAGGAAAACCAGGAAUUGGCCAAUAGCCGCAUGGCAGAGCUGGAGAAGCUGCAGACCGAACUUCAGGGGGCUGUAAGGACCAAUGAACGCCUCAAGGUGGCCCUGCGGAGCCUUCCUGAGGAGGUAGUGCGUGAGACUGGAGAGUACCGCAUGCUGCAGGCCCAAUUCUCGCUGCUCUACAAUGAGUCCCUGCAAGUGAAGACCCAGCUGGAUGAAGCCCGGGGGUUGCUGCUGGCCACUAAGAACUCCCACUUGAGACACAUUGAGCACAUGGAGAGCGAUGAGCUGGGACUGCAGAAGAAGCUGCGCACAGAGGUCAUUCAGCUGGAGGACACUCUGGCCCAGGUACGCAAGGAAUACGAGAUGCUGCGCAUCGAGUUUGAACAGAACCUGGCGGCCAACGAGCAGGCGGGGCCUAUCAACCGUGAGAUGCGCCACCUGAUUAGCAGCCUCCAGAAUCAUAACCACCAGCUGAAAGGGGAUGCCCAGCGAUACAAGCGGAAGCUUCGAGAAGUUCAGGCUGAGAUUGGCAAGCUCCGGGCUCAGACCAGUGGCUCUGCCCACUCUGUCCCCAACCUGGGACACCCAGAGGACUCUGGCCUCAGUGCCCCAGCCCCAGGGAAGGAAGAGAGUGGGCCAGGCCCUGUCAUUACCCCCGAGAGCAGAAAGGAAAUAGCUUUAGUGCCUGGUGCCACCACUGCUGCCUCCUCAGUGAAGAAAGAGGAGCUAGUCCCCUCUGAAGAAGAUGCCCAGUCUUUAACCCCUGGGGCCCAGGGUCCCUCCUCCCGGGGCCGAGAGCCUGAGACCAAGCCCAAGCGAGAACUUCGGGAACGGGAAGGACCUGGCCUGGGACCCCUACCUGUAGCCUCAGCUCUCUCAAGGGCCGAUCGAGAGAAGGCCAAGGUGGAGGAAGUCAAGAGGAAGGAGUCAGAACUGCUCAAGGGUCUCCGGGCAGAGCUCAAGAAGGCCCAGGAGAGCCAGAAGGAGAUGAAGCUGCUACUGGAUAUGUACAAGUCUGCGCCUAAGGAGCAGCGGGACAAAGUGCAGCUCAUGGCAGCCGAACGAAAGGCUAAGGCUGAGGUUGAUGAGCUGCGGAGCCGUAUCCGGGAACUGGAGGAGAGGGACCGAAGGGAGAGCAAGAAGAUUGCAGAUGAGGAUGCCCUCCGGCGCAUUCGGCAGGCAGAGGAGCAGAUUGAACACUUACAACGCAAAUUGGGUGCCACAAAGCAGGAAGAAGAGGCUCUACUCUCAGAGAUGGACGUGACAGGCCAGGCUUUUGAGGACAUGCAGGAGCAGAACGGGCGGCUGCUGCAGCAGUUGCGGGAGAAGGACGAUGCCAACUUCAAGCUGAUGUCCGAGCGGAUCAAGGCCAACCAGAUCCACAAGCUGCUGCGGGAGGAGAAGGAUGAGCUGGGCGAGCAGGUUCUUGGUCUCAAGUCCCAGGUGGAUGCGCAGCUGCUGACUGUGCAGAAGCUGGAGGAGAAGGAGCGGGCCUUACAGGGCAGCCUGGGGGGCGUGGAGAAGGAGCUGACUCUGCGCAGCCAGGCCCUGGAGCUCAACAAGAGGAAGGCUGUGGAAGCUGCCCAGCUGGCCGAGGACCUCAAGGUGCAGUUGGAGCACGUGCAGACUCGUCUUCGAGAGAUCCAGCCCUGCCUGGCAGAGAGCCGGGCUGCUCGUGAGAAGGAGAGUUUCAACCUCAAAAGGGCUCAGGAGGACAUCUCCCGGCUGCGGCGCAAGCUGGAGAAGCAGAGGAAGGUGGAAGUUUAUGCAGAUGCUGAUGAAAUUCUCCAGGAGGAGAUCAAGGAGUACAAGGCGCGGUUGACCUGCCCCUGCUGUAACACCCGCAAGAAGGAUGCAGUUCUUACCAAGUGUUUCCACGUUUUCUGCUUCGAGUGUGUGCGGGGCCGCUAUGAGGCCCGCCAGAGGAAGUGCCCCAAGUGCAACGCAGCCUUUGGUGCCCACGACUUCCACCGCAUCUACAUCAGCUGAAUUUAAGACUCAGGGGACUUUGGAUCACCUGUGGACCCUGGGGGCUGUGCCCCUAGUCUCUCCCUAUCCUAGGUGCAGUGGUUCCAUUCCAGACCCUGUGGGCCCAGUCCCUGCCCAUCUGGUUGGUUUGGGGGCCUUGGUGCAUGCUAUAGGGGUGGAAUCAGUCAGGCUCAACUCCCAUCUUUUCCUGCAGGUUAUUUGCGCCUAGAGGGUACUCAUGUGGGGCCCAGAGUACUUCUAGAGCUUCUUGGAAACUAGUUCUAAUCCUGCUCCUAUCCCCACGGACCCAUCCUAGCCCUGAGGGGAAAAUUCUCCAGGCUGUGUCCUUCCACCCAAGAAAAGGCUCACCGUGGGCCAGCACACCCACAAGUGAAGACCAGGGAUGGACCAGUCCUUCUCCCCCUUGCUAGGCUCUGGGCCUUUGGGAAACUUUCUUCACCCAUUACUUCCCAGUCCCAGCCUGGACAGGGCUCUUGUCCUUCCCAAGGGGACUCGUCCUUGGUGGCCCAAUGUCCUGGACAGUAGGUUGCCACUUACUCGAGGGCCUGAAAGAAGUGCCCCUUCUGGAGGCGCUGCCAUCUUCUGGGAAGCUCUGCAGUUGCUGUGGUCACUGCUCUCCUCGGGAGGGCUGAGUCAAGAUCAUCCGUUACUAUUCUAAGCUGGCCCCACCCCAGCCUAUGCAUCCCACAGCUCCUGAGUCACUUUCAUUCAUCCCAGUGGCCUUAAUUGCCAUGCAGGGGAAGAUUCCCACAUGUGACAUACUGGUCCCAGUUGCUGGGCUGACUUCAGAUCAUUCCAGGUAGAAGAGUUUUGCCCAACACCCUUUGACAGCCUGUAACCACGAUGCUUCCUUCCUGUGCAGCCUGCCUGGGCCAACUUCAUGGGCUGUGAAGUCAGUACCAGGGUGGCCUGGAAGGUGGAGCUGCUGACAGGUGCAGGGACCUACUUGGACUCAGCCUCUGCUCUAGAGAUGUCUUGUAGAGACUGUUCGUUGUUAUGAAUAAACGUGCAACCCUUGGCCUACA